AUGAAGCUCGCUGGUGCUCUGGUGUUCCUCGGGGCCGCCCUGCUCCUGACUUCAGGGGGAGAUUGUGGCAUUUGCCCAGCUAUAAAAGAGGAUGUGGGUAUAUUUCUUAACGGGACCCCAGAAGACUAUGUUGCGUACGUGAAAAAAUACAAAGAUGAUCCUGAAAUACUGGAAAAUACAGAAAAAAUCAAGAAAUGUGUUGAUAGCAAGUUGACAGAGGAAGACAAGGCAAAUGCACUCACUUUCAUUGAAAAAGUAGAAGCCAGCUCGAUAUGUUGA